GAAAGCAUGCUAACGGACAAAUCGCGAGAACUAUGCUCCACAAUUCCGUUACGGUCAUAUCAUCAUCACUCGCCAUAUCCAGAACUCAACUCGCACGUAACUAUUCCAUCAACGUCCCACGCGCCGCCGCACCGGCGACGUGGCCUUUCCACAGCUACAAUAAUAAUCCUCCGUUUCGCAAAAUAACAGAAAAAAAAGGGGGGAUAAUAAUAAAGCCCUAAUUCGCUCACAAUCAAUUCUGCAUUUUGAUUUCACAUAUACGCACGCAUUCUCUUGGUUUUCUGUAAGCUUCCGAUAGGUAAUUAUGAUUCUCGUCGCCCCGCCCUGCCCGCCGUGUCCUGCCAGUUUGAAUUUGGAUCGCCGUCUCCGCCGCCGCUUCCGGCGGAUUCCGGCGGCCCGUGGCGGAAUCCGACCUGCAAUCCUGCCGUCCGCAGCGGUCGCCGGCGGAAGUGGCAGCGAUGUGGACGCGUUCACGGAGUACUCCGGGUACUUGUUUGAGAUCAGCGAUUUGGAGGCGGACUCUCUGACGGAGUACAGCGUUUCUAAGAUAGCCGCGAUUUAUUGGAGGAGACCGUUGCUCCUCCUCCGCCGCGUGGCUCAGGUCGGUGCUACACUGGGCCGGUGGUUCGCUCUUAGAUACCUUGAUAGCGUCACCGAGCGAUCGGAGGAAAUGUUCGAGGUAAGGGCUGCAGAGUUGAGGCAACUAUUGGUACAGCUUGGUCCGGCAUACAUCAAAAUUGCCCAGGCUAUCUCAUCUCGAGCAGACUUGAUACCACCUUCAUAUCUGGACGAGCUUUCACUGUUGCAAGAUAGAAUAGCACCAUUUUCAACUGAGGUUGCUUUUAAUACAAUAGAAGAGGAACUUGGAGUACCAAUAGAUGAGCUUUUCUCUAAGAUCUCACCAGAGCCUGUGGCAGCAGCUUCUCUUGGCCAGGUCUAUCAAGCUAGGUUACGCCAUAGCGGACAGGUUGUUGCAGUCAAAGUACAGAGGCCAGGAGUUCAAGCAGCUAUUUCUUUAGACAUACUAAUCUUGCGGUUUCUUGCUGGAGUGAUCAGGAGAACACGCAAAUUCAACACUGAUCUUCAGGCUAUUGUGGAUGAAUGGGCAUCAAGUCUCUUUCGGGAGAUGGACUAUGUGAAAGAAGCAAAGAAUGGACUCAAGUUUAGACAGCUAUAUGGUGGUCUACAAGAUGUUCUAGUUCCAGAAAUGUAUUUGGAGCAAACAACUCGCAGGGUCCUUAUUAUGCAAUGGGUGGAGGGACAAAGGUUGUCUGAAGUGAAGGAUCUGUAUUUGAUUGAGGUAGGAGUAUACUGCUCAUUCAAUCAACUUUUGGAAUGUGGGUUUUACCAUGCAGAUCCACACCCUGGAAACCUUUUUCGCACGUAUGAUGGAAAACUAGCCUAUAUAGAUUUUGGUAUGAUGGGUGAAUUCAAACAAGAACUUCGAGAUGGUUUUAUUGAAGCUUGUCUCCAUCUUAUAAAUCGUGAUUUUGAUGCAUUAGCCAAGGAUUUUGUCACUCUUGGGCUUAUUCCAGCAACAGCAGACAAAGAUGCUGUUACAAAGGCAUUGACAGGUGUCUUCCAAAAUGCUGUUAACAAAGGCGUGAGCAACAUAAGUUUUGGAGAUCUUCUAGGAAAUUUGGGAAUCACCAUGUACAAGUUCAAGUUUCAAAUACCUUCAUAUUUUUCUCUUGUUAUCAGGAGCCUUGCUGUUUUGGAAGGAAUUGCUAUCAGCUUCAACCCAGAUUACAAAGUUUUGGGCAGUACAUACCCUUGGAUUGCCAAAAAAGUGUUGACUGACAGCUCUCCAAAGCUGAAGUCUUCUUUACAAGCUCUUCUCUAUGAGGAUGGUGUUUUCAGGAUGGAUCGCCUGGAGUCUCUAAUAACAGAGUCUCUUCGUGCCAGAACAGAGAAGGCGAUUGAAAAGCAAGAGGAUAAUGAUUCCAGAAUGGCUGUGAAACAAAUCCUCUCUUUCGCAUUAACCAAGCAGGGUGAAUUUGUGAGAGAGGUACUUCUUCAAGAAUUUGCUAAGGGUUUGGAUGCACUUGGCCUAGCAACCCUGGAUACCUUCACGUCUGCAGCAACUGCAAACAUUCCAUUUGUCUCUUCCCUUUCACUCUCUUAUAUGACAAAUGAAGAUAUCAUCAACUUGAAAACGUUGAAUAGGCUUGUGCUUUUGUUAUUUGGGCUUCAGAAAAAUGAAAGCUCCAAUGCAGGAGUUAAGGAGGCCAGUCCAUACAAGAAUCAGACAAAGAAUUCAGGAGAAGCUUCUAUAGUCCUUUACCAAUUUACAUCAGUACAGGAAAUACUACCACUUCUUUCUGUUAUUCUUGAGCUCCCGCCUGAUUUACAACAAAAGUUGCUUGGUUUGCCAGCUGAUCUGGCUGGAAAGCUCAUCUCCCGCAUCACUGCAAGGACAGUACGGAGGGUCUUCUUGUGAAGUCUGUCAAAUAUCACUCUUCUUGUGAAGUGUGUCAAAUAUCAUUCCUUAGGUGGGAAAAAAAAAAACUCAGAGAAAUAGGGUUGCUUUUAUUUAUUCUCCCUGCAGGCAUUCUACAUACAUCAUCUUGCCGGAAAAUGGAGACUCUAGAGCUGUUUCUCUUUCGGUGUCUUCAUCUCUGUUCUCUAUUUAUUGUGCAUGUAUAUAAUAAAAUUUUCUUUCUUUUUCUCAGUGGCCUGAUUCUUUGAGGGUUCAUAGAUCAAACCUUCAAUUGCAAAAUUAGUGCCAGAUAUGUAUAAUCCUGUACCUCUUUCUAAAACGUCUUUCCAUAGGAACUUUAGUCCUAAUCUGGAUAUAGUGAGACUGCCACAUGAACUUCAGUUGCUUCAUGAGCAAGGACAAAAAAUUGUGCCGAGAGAGGGCAAUAGGUUUUGUUUAGGCUCCAGAAAUUUCUGAUUCUGGGAUCACCAAAAACUUUCCAAGUGUCUGGUGGAUUAUGUUCUUAAAAAUGGUGACUUCCCAAUAUAAUCCUAAAAUUUUUGGAG